AUGCGACCGUUCACACCGAAAUCCAGGCUCCUACCUGGCCCGGCCUCGAAGAAAAGCGUCACGCCGAUUAAGUCUAUUCUCAAGCCUGUUUCUGUGCUCGGCAGGCGGACCACGUUGCAUGACGGGCUCGACUCCUCGUCACCCGCGCCGGAGAGCCCGACCAAGAGACGCAAGGUGUUUUUCGACGACAUCCGAAAUGUAACGUACGAGUUCGCGAGCAGAACAAUGGAUGACGUCAAGCUGGAAGUGCGAAUCGCCCUGGAGGACCAUCUCCGCGGAAACGACGGCCAGUAUGAUACGCUCAAGGAAAUGUUUGCCAACGACAAGCAAAGCUAUCUACCCCCGGUCGUGGGUGAGCAAGACGAUACCUUGCGGCCCCAUGAACUGCAACUCUAUGUCAAGGCUCUCACGAGCUGCAUACCGAUAUUGAAGGGGAAGGAGUGCAACGGCCUGGUGAAGACCAUCCUUGAUUGUUCCUGGCUCGGACGAGAUGCCGUCUUCGCCAAGGUCUUUACGCACUUCCUGGCCGCCCUUGUCAGCGCACAAGGGUCCUAUCUGGUGCCAGUGCUGUCGAUGAUGGUUGACAAGUUCCACGACUCCCGACCGUCGACUUGGUCCGUGCCCGAUUUCCCACGAGUCAGCCGUGACACGAUGCGCGAGAGGCUGCACUCGGCCAUCCAGUACCUGCUGCAAAUGUUUCCGUCGUCCGUGGCCGUGCUGGAGACACUGCUCGGCUCCAAGUUUCCCUUUCCGGACGAGUCGAUGAGGGUUCACAUGGCCUAUAUUCACAACUUGUUGCAAGUCAAGACCUACGUCCCAGAACUACAGGACGAGGUGCUCGACCUGGUCCUGAACAGAGUCGUCAAGCUCGACUCUCAAAUGCAGGUCGACCUAGAGGACCUGGACGACGACGUCGCUGCCGCCGUCAUGUAUGCGCUGCGCGAGGACCAGCGACAGCCCGAGGCCUGGGAAGACGACAACUCUGACGAAAGCGACACUGAAUCGGUUCAAAGCGAGGACGUGGACUACGACCCACAAGCGCACAGGAUCAAAUCCGUCAAGGAGAGCGUGGAGAAGAUGGACGCGAUUCUGGACACGCUCUUUGGUGUCUACAGCCCGCACUUUGGGAACCCGGGCUCAGACGAAGCUUUCACCAUGUUCACCACUAUUCUGCGCGAGUUUGACCAAAUCGUCCUGCCGACCUACAAGUCCCGGCACACGCAGUUCCUCAUCUUUCACUUUGCGCAGCAGCACGAGCGGCUCACGGACGCGUUUUGCGGCCAGCUGAUUGCCACCGCCUUCCAGCCAAACACGCCAAACGUCCUGAAACAAGCCGCGGCGGCCUACCUGGCGAGCUUUGUGGCGCGCGGGGCUCUGGUCCCGGCCAGCCUGGUGCAGACCAUAUUCGUGCUGCUGCUGCACCAUCUGGAGCAGUACAGGAGGAAGUACGAGCCGCUCUGCCGCGGCCCCGACCUCAAGCGCUUCCACCCCUACUACUCCCUUGUCCAGGCCACGCUGUACAUAUUCUGCUUCAGGUGGCAAGACCUGGUCGUGUCGGCCCCCGAAACGGUGGACGCGGACGAUCCGGUCUCGUACAUUGGCCAAGACCUGGAAUGGGUCGGCACGUCGCGCAAGGACCUGUCGGUGCAGCUGUUUGGCAAGCUCAACCCGCUCAAGGUCUGCGCCCCCGUCAUCGUGGAAGAGUUUGCCAAGCUGGCGCACCGCCUCAACCUCAUGUACGUCUACCCCCUCGUCGAGAACAACAAGCGGGUCCGGUUGACGCAGUUCCUGUCGUCGACGUACGCGACCGGCGGAGCGCUCCGGGACGCCGGCUACGAGGACCAGGGCGAGGCUUUCCACCAGCUAGACCCGUACUUUCCCUUUGAUCCGUACCAGCUGCCGACCAGCAGGCGCUGGCUCGCAGGCGACUAUGUCCAUUGGAAGGCAGUGCCCGGCCUCAACGAAGAAGAAGAAGAGGAGGAAGACGACGACGACGACGACGACGACGACGACGACGACGAUGAUGACGUGCUGGUAGAGGAGACUGCGACGGAGAGUGACGGCCACGACUCCAACUGA